UGGCACAAGAGGGCCGCACUAGGAGUUAUGGGAUGGAAUUCAGCUGAAAAAUCUUCCCAAGACAAGUGAAUGAGGUUGAGGAGUAAGAUGCCCAUGGGAAAGGGGAGACACCCCGGGCUUGGGAUGUUGGCUGGAUACUGAACUCGAAGAAGAACUCAGAUACUGAAGAACUCGAUCCUUCAUGGACCCCAAGGAAGCAAGCUGGAGGCCCUUACAGGAUUUUCCAUUUCUGUCCACCCCCCACCUGCCCUGCACUUCCCUGUCUCUCUAUAUAGCAGCGCUGUGUAGAUGAAUUAACCAUGUGAGGAGGGUAAAAUGGCAGAAACUUGCAGCUCAGUGGUUUGCAUCAGGGAUUGGGCCACUAAAAUUCUCCUUUGGGUAACAACCACUGAGAUAGUGGUUCUGUUAAGGAUGAUGCUGCCUUUGUGAAGCAGCAGUGACUUCUCAUUGGCCCCAGGAUUUGCUUAUUGCUGCCCCUGUGCUUCCUCUCAGCACAUUCUCUGCCUUCCCCCACCCCUCCCAGAGGGCUGCCUGAGCAGGGGAAAUGAAGCUGUUGGUGACUGUUUUCUUGGUGCUGAGCUUUUGUGAGCUGAGACAAGCAGAGGAUGGAAAGAGCUCCUCUUCCAGCAGCCCCCUCCAGGACUCGCCCCCCGUCUCAGAAGGGGCCUUCUCUGCAUCCUCCCCCCAGCUCAGCGCCGAGGAAACCUACUCUGCCCAUAUGCCUGAGCACCUCCUCUGCGAUGCCUGUAGAGCAAUAUCCUUCCAGAUGCAGCAAUACCUAGAAAAAGCAGAAUCCAAAUGGUCAUUGGCAAAGAAGCCUGGUGCUCUCCUGAGUGAGUCUGAAUAUGUGGAUGCGCUGGAGAACAGCUGCUCACAGAGCUGGGAAAACUAUGGGGUGAAAGAAGUGAAUGGGGUGAAGCGCUUUGCAGGGCCCGGAUUGAAGAGCCAGGAGAGCAUGAGUGUAAUGAUGACGGGGGGACCCUGGCCUGCAAGGUUAUACAUGAUGUGCCAUAGCUACCUCGGUGAGUCAGGAGAAGAGCAGAUCUAUGAGGAGCACAGACGCAGGCCAGGUGGCUUGGAAGAGUUCCUGUGCUAUGGGGCUAAGAAAGCCUGCACAAGAUUCACCCACACCAAAGACAGGAUCAAAGUAAAGUCUCUGCAAAGUGAGCUGUAGCUCUGCACCCUCUGGACCAAGAUCUGGCACAAAAUGUAAGCUAGGAGCAUUCUGUUCCAGCCUGGCAACUGCUGAAAGGGCCCCUGCCAAGGCAGACAAACCAGCAAAUGGGACCAGUGUGCUUUUGGGGACUUUCCCCAAGGAAACAAUUGCUUCGUGCUCUCUUAAUUAAAUGGCAAUCCUUAAAAAAACCCCAAAGCCACUACCCCAACAGGGCUCACAGCAACCCUAUAGGAACAAACCAGCCUAUACAUCCAGGAGACCCUAUAAUAACAAUUAAUCCCAGUCCAAUUUAUGAGAAACCCUGAAAUAAGCCAGUAGACAAAGUUUAUCACCUAUGGACACCUAUGUAAAACCUAUGUAUGACUUACGAAUCUAGUGAUGGUGCGGGGACGGACACGGGACGGGACAGGACAGAUCUUUCACUGAUAUAAAUGGUCAUAGCUCUGCUGAAGUCAGCUGAAGAUGGAUUGCAUUCAUGAAGCUGGGACAAGCUGUAUCAGCUGAGGAUCAGACACAUUGCACCUUGCUUGUACUCGGUGUCUUGAAAGAGUUAUAGCCAGCCCGAUUUUCAGGGUGCUAAGUACCUACAGCUCCCUGACUUCAUCCCCCCAUCACAUUGUCAUCCUGGUUUUCCCUGGUUUUAUAUCAGGGAUCCUGGUUUUCUCUGAUAUAAAAUCACAAAUUCUCUGCUAAAAAAAAAAUCACAAAUUCUCUAAUAAAAACCACAAAAUC